AUGAGCACGAUUCCGGUCAAGGUGAAGCACAAUGGCCAGGUGUACGAUAUCGAUCUAGACACCUCUGCUCAAGGGCUUUCGUUUAAAGAGGCGAUCGCCGAAAAGACGCGCGUGCCGAUCGAGCGCCAAAAGGUCAUGGUCAAGGGCGGCCUGCUCAAGGACGACACGGACCUGUCCAAGCUCAAUGCGCGCGUCGGCCAGCAGUUCAUGGUGCUUGGUAUGGCCGGCGAUCUGCCGCAGGCGCCGGCUAAGCCGGUGCAGUUCCUCGAGGAUAUGAAGGACGAGGACCUGGCCAAGGCGGCGAAUCUCAAGGUCGGUCUCACGAAUCUCGGCAAUACGUGCUACCUGAACUCGACGCUGCAGGUGCUGCGCUGCAUCCCCGAGCUGCAGUCCGCGCUCGAUGCGUACGCGGGUAGCGCGAGCGCGAGCGACGGCGAGGCGGGCCUGACCGCCUCGCUGCGCGACCUGUUCCGCGAGCUGAACAAGGCGCCGGCCGCCUUCCCCCCGCUGCUCUUUCUCACCGUCCUGCGCAAGGUCGCGCCGCAGUUUGCCGAGAUGGCCGAGGGCGGCGGCGGCUACGCGCAGCAGGACGCCGAGGAGGUGUAUGUGCGCAUCCUGAACGCGCUCGGCAACUGCCUCGCGACGCCGGGUGGCGGCGACCGCUUUGUGCCCGAGUACCUCACGGGGCACAUGGCGAUCGAGCGCUCGUGCCCCGAGGCGCCGCAAGAGGCGGCGACGAGCGCCAACGAGCCCUUCCUCGUGCUCCAGUGCAACAUUUCCAACACCACCAACGAGAUGACGGCGGGCAUUCUCGAGAGCCUCACGCAGCCGAUCGAGAAGCACUCGGAGCAGCUCAACCGCACUGCGAUCUACAACGAGCAGAGCCGAAUCUCGCGCCUGCCCAUGUACCUCUCGGUGCACUUUGUGCGCUUUUACUGGCGCCGCGACAUUAACAAAAAAACCAAGAUUAUGCGCAAGGUCAAGUUCCCCCUGGAGCUCGAUGCGAGCACCUUUGCGACGCCCGACCUACAGCAACGCCUCGCGCCUGUGUCUCACAAGUGCAAGGCCGUAGCCAAAGAGCGCGAGGAGCGUGCCAAGGUGCGCCGCCGUGCCAAGGCGCAUGGCACGGAGCAGCGUGCGCCGAGCGACGCGCCGAGCGAUGCGCCGAGCGAUGCGCCGAGCGAUGCGCCCCGCCAAGAAGGCAGCGCCAUUUCCGACGAAGAGGAGCGUGCGCUGCGUGCAAAGGAGCACGACGAGGUCGAGGCGCUGAUCGACCCCGAGCUGCGCAGCGACACCGGGUGCAACCCCAGCGGGCUGUACGAGCUGGUGGGCAUUGUGACGCACAAAGGCGCCGCUGCCGAUGCCGGCCACUAUAUCUCGUGGGUGCGCAAAGAGAACGAGUCGCGCGACCCCCUCGCCGACUUGCCCUCGAACGAGUGGUACAAGUUUGACGACGACAAGGCAUCGGUCGUCGACUCGGACAAGGUCUCGACGCUCUAUGGCGGUGGCGAGGACUCGGUGGCGUACAUUCUCCUGUACCGCGCGCGUGCGCUGCCGUAG